UUCAACUCGUACACGCAGCAGAUCUGCGUCGACGAUGCCGUGCUCAUCGCGGGGGGCAAGUCUAUGCUGCACGACGACAAGAGCACGGCCGCCAGUGCCAAGCGCUGGUCCGUCGCCAAGAGCCGGGGCACGAGCCAGAUUGUGACGUACAAGGCCGAGUUCAUCGACAAGCUGAGCGAGAUCAGCGACGACAUGAACGUGAGCGCGGCGCUGGGCGUCAAGACCGACAGCUUUGCCCUCUCGGGCCGCGGCUCGUUUGUCAACACGGACAAGUUCUUUGACUCGGACAUCCGCUUCUAUCUCUCGGUGAAAGUCAUCAACUCGAGCAUCAACUUCAAGGACGCCCUCGAGUACAACCCCAUCGCGUCCAUCUCCGAGACCGACGAGGCGCACCUCGAGGUGUUUGGCGACUGUUUCGUCUCUGGCUUCCUCGAGGGCGGCGAGCUGAAUGCCGUCGUGAUGAUCAAGGUGCUCAACGACGUCAAGAAGAGCGACAUCAAGGCCGAGGCAAAGGUCGCGCUCACGACGAGCUUCAAGGCCGAGGCCGAGGGCAACCUGGCGCUGGCCAAGGCCAACAUUGCCAUGAACACCGAGACGACGAUCCAGGUGAGCUGGUGCGGCGGCGCAUCGAUCAAGACCUACGACGAGGAGUGGAGCAUCGACUCGCUCCUCGCCGCCGCCAACCGGUUCCCCUACCUCGUCGCCCAGUUCCCCCAGCGCACCCACGCCAUCCUCACGCGCUACGACACGCUGCGCUCGUUUGUGCGCCUCCGCCCGCGCCCGCUGUCCAAGAUUGGCUACGAGAACGCAGCCGUGUACACCAACACGCUCAUGGACGCCUACCUCGAGUACAAGUCCCUGUACAAGCGCGUGUCCGCCCACAUCAAGGACGUCCAGUCGGGCACCAAGCGCUUCCGCCAGCAGCCGGGUGAUGGUGACGAUGAUGGUGAUGGCGACGGCGGUGGCAGUUCUGCCGCCGCCCUGCCGCCAUCACGCGCGCUGGUCAAGCUCGGCCUCAAGCCAUUCCCGGCCUCGCUCGCCGGGCUGGAGCUCGCGCGGCGGACGAUGCGCGCGCAGAUGUCGGCCAUCGUCAGCGAGGUCGACCUCAUCACGCGCGACCCGGCCCAGGCGACGCUCGAGCGCGACGUCACAUUCGCCGGCCCAGCCUCGUUUGCGAGCCUGCUGCCCGUCGUCGAG